CUAAUCAACUACUAUUUCUACAGGGAAUGCAGAGGGCAACCAAUGUUACCUACCAAGCUCAUCAUGUCAGCCGAAAUAAGAGAGGCCAAGUGGUAGGAACAAGAAGUGGUUUCCGUGGAUGCACAGUCUGGUUAACAGGUCUCUCUGGUGCUGGGAAGACCACAGUUAGCAUGGCCCUGGAAGAAUAUUUAGUAUGCCAUGGCAUUCCAUGCUACACAUUGGAUGGUGACAACAUUCGCCAAGGCCUUAAUAAGAAUCUGGGUUUCACACCAGAAGAUAGAGAAGAAAAUGUCCGUCGGAUUGCUGAGGUUGCUAAACUGUUUGCAGAUGCUGGUUUGGUGUGCAUCACUAGUUUCAUCUCUCCUUAUGCUCAGGAUCGUAAUAAUGCUAGACGAAUUCAUGAGGGGGCCAGCCUGCCUUUUUUGAAGUAUUUGUGGAUGCUCCCUUGCAUGUCUGUGAACAAAGAGAUGUUAAGGGACUGUAUAAGAAAGCCAGAGCUGGAGAAAUUAAAGGUAAACCUAGAUAUAGUUUCAUCCUUCCUACGUAAGUGACAUGUUGUGAUUGGA